AUGAAGUGCCUCGCUUUCAUCGCGUCCUUCCUUUCCAUGACGAUGGUUCUCGCCGUUCCUGGCGAUUACGGUUACGGAAAGGUUACCAAGACGGUGACGGUGACGGACACGAUCACCAAAACGAUCAAAUACCCUGUCACCAUCAAGAAGACGGAGACUGUCACCGAAACCGACACCAUCACCAAGAAGAUCAAGUACCCCGUCACCGUUACGAAGACUGAGACCGACACGGUUACGGACACGAUCACCAAGAAGAUCAAGUACCCAGUCACCGUCUACAAGACUAAGACCGACACGGUAACCAAGACCGACACGGUAACUGAAACGGUCACAAAGAAGCCCUACCCUUACAAGCCCCCAUACUGAGUGAGAAGGCUAUUAAUACCUAAAUGAGGUAGCCGCUGCAAGUUGGGUGAGCUAGGCACUUUUGAGUGUUUGCUCCAGCGACACAAUGGGUGACUAGGGUUCGGAUGCCUCUGGGCGAGAUGACUUUUAACAUGACACUCCUUUUCAUCAGGCUCAAUCUCGCAUACUGUCCAGUAUGCUUUACCUGCUAUUCUUUUAUUAAUCUUCU